UUUGUUGUACAGUUGAAUUAUUGGUGGUUUUGAGUUUUUCUUAUUUCUACUUUUGGUUUUUUUUCUUCUCUUUAAUUAAACUAAUUGUCUAUUUUUUAAAUUACCACAUAUACACAUUCAAAUUAUGGAUUCUAUUGAAAAGAAGCCAGUUUACGAUAAUAAAGCUUUCAUUCCACCUUCACCCAGUUCUGUGACACCAACAAAAUCAAAGCAUCGGUUUGAAACCUCUCUUGGCCAAUUAACCCGGAGGUUUAUUGCAUUGCUUAAAGAUUCUCAAGAUGGGGUUCUUAAUUUAAACACAGCUUCAUCUGUAUUGAAUGUACAAAAGAGACGAAUCUAUGAUAUCACCAAUGUGCUUGAAGGUGUUGGCCUGCUUAAUAAGACCAGUAAGAACAAUAUCAAAUGGAACGGUGGCUCACUUGACUCCUGCCUGGGUUCAUCAAAUGGUUUCCCAGUAGCACCGUUGACCGGUGGGCACAAUAGUGCUAUCAAUAACAAUCAGCUUAGCCAUUGUAACAGCCAUAAUAGUAAUAGUAAUAAUAGUAAUGCUUCUGUUUCAAACAAGAUAACCAGUAAAAUGGAUAUGGAAAAAGAGAACGCUAUGUUAGAAGAGAAAGAGAAAUCUCUUGAUGAGGCUAUCAAAAAAUUAACUGGUGAACUACAAAAGGCCUCCGAAGAUGAAGAAAACAGAAAAUAUUUAUAUGUGACAUACCGAGAUAUGAGGUACAUUAAAGAGUUCGCCGAUCAAACUGUGAUAGCCAUUAAAGCACCUUCAGAAACCAAACUAGAAGUUCCCGAUCCAGCGGAGAGCUUACAAAUAUGGCUCAAAAGUGAUCGAGGUGAAAUCGAAGUAUAUUUAUGCCCUGAUGAUGAUGGUACAACACAGCCUGAAGAAGGUAAAGGUAAACUUACCCAUGCAGAAUCAGUUGUUAAAACCGAGGUUAAAACAGACAUUUCAGUGGAUACAGGUAUCGGUUCAAGCCUUAAAUCAAAUCUUGCCUCAGAGACUGAUGAUUUCGGUUCUACCUCAGGCCAAAAUUACCUAAUUGCCAUUCAAGAUCAUACUUAUGGUAUCAGCAAAUCGAUGGCAUCUUCUUCCCAUGAUACCCUUAUGACAAGCAGUACAACUGAUGACUUACUGUCCUCCCCGAUUGCAUCAAGAUCGAUGUCAGUUGUCUCUGAAUUGCCAUUCCUUCAUUUAGAGCCACCUCUUUCCGAAGAGGAUUAUAAUUUUGCCUUGGAAGAGAGCGAGGGUAUUGCAGAUCUUUUUGAUGAAAUGUUACCGGUAUAACUAAUUUAUGAGAGAUUUUUCAAAGAAAAAUUUAAUCAACUCUUUUUUGUUCUCUCUCUCUCUCACACACACUCUCUCACACUCUCAUACUCCCCACAAUCAACAAACAUACACACACUGAAUUUAAACUCCCUUGGAAAAAAAACCAUUCUAGCCUUUUCUUCAUUCUCUUCUCUCUAUCCUCUUCAUCCUUCAUCUUCCUUUAUGCUCUCUCUCUCUCUCUCUCUCUCUCCGACCAUAUUCUUUAUUUCUUCGUUCUUCAUGUCCUAAUACACAUUCUCUGUAUUCUUCCCCCCUCUCUCUCUCUCACUCUAUGUCUUUUUCUCUGUCGACACCUCACUUUUUUUUCACCCAACUACAAGAGCAACAUCAAUUGUCGCUUCCCAAUUAUUAACUACAAUAUGUAAUCACUAUUAAUUACAUUUUGAUUUUAAAACUACAUAAUAAUUAAUCUAAAUAAAUUAGUUCUCAUCGCUUUUAAACAAUUAA